AUGGAUACCGAAUCGUUUGACCAUGGAGAAGGUUUUGAGUAUUGUGACCCCGAUGUUGACUACGAGAUAUUGUAUGAUAAUGAAAGCUACCUUGAAAAUACAUCCAAAAUUCCAUCUACUCCAAAGACCACAACGGAUAAAAGUAUAAUGACUGAUCACGAAUAUGCUAGUAAAGAUUUUGCAUUUGAUGAAAGAGCACUAAAUCAUGCGAAAAAUUUUGUAAUAUCAACUAUUGAACAUUUAGAGCAAGACGAAAGUGAUAUUAACUGGUUAACACCAGAUGAUAAUUUACAAUCAGAAGUUGAGUCCAUGUGGACUCUACCAACGGACGAUAUUAAUGUAAUCGAUUAUGAAAUAGAUGGUGAUUCAGACAAGAAUCAACAACUAAAGACUGUGCUUUUAGAAGAGAUCUGGUCAGCUGUUCUAAGAUUUUUAAAUAAAAAAACAGAUAUGACUAAGGAAUCAAAUAACAAUAUAGAAAUGAACCAAACUAAACAAACAAACCUACCAACAUACUUUGGAGUUAGAGCUGCCCUUCGUGUAAAAAAAGUAAAUUUACAUCGUUUAGAAAAGAGAAACCAGUAUAUCGAUCUUAUAACUAAUCAAUCAGAAGAACUAGGAGAAGCUUUAGGGUCCGUCGUUUGGAGGAUAAGAUCAGAAGUAUGUGCACAAAAAAAAGCACUUGAAACGCCAAAUAAUUUACAAGAGUUUUACAAUGCAUUUCCUAAGCCUAUAAAAGAAUUAUUUAAUUAUUUUGUUAUUUUUAUUUUACAAAGAAAGUGGGAAGUAGUGCAAAGAAAAUUUGAACUACCACAAUCAUUAUCUAGUAAUGCUGAACAAUAUAGUUUAUUUGACGAGUAUGAGUUUCGAGUUGGAAUGUCAGACUUUACAAUAAAUGAACUUCAAAAAUUCGAAGAUAUUUUUAGUUCUCUUUUAGAUUCUGGUAAAAGUUUUGAUAUUUUUAUUUUAUGGCAAGAAAUUAAGAAGGAUAUUAAAAUAGGAUGCCAGAAUUCAUUAAUUCCAACAGAUAGGUCUUUAAAAUCUCGUGAAGAAGUACUUCGAAAUCUAACGAAUCAACUAUUAGAAGCAUUUAGUCUACAAGAUCCUACACAGCAUCAACUUUUUAAAGAAACAUCUCAAAAUACUAAUGAAGGGUUUCAACGCCUUUUUGAAUGUUAUGAUAUAGGAAAGGAUCAAUUAAAAAUUAUUUACAAACAAGACAUUGAAAAAUCAAUACCACGAGAUACAUCAGGCAGGCACGCCCAAAAU